CGAAUUUACGCAUUCCGGACCGAGGGACUCUGUACAUGGACAGCAUACGGACUGCCUCUUCAUGCAAGGUUCGAUAUCGAGGUCUCAUGUGACAAGGUAGGAUGGAGGAUAUUUGUUCGUGACCGUUCCUAGGGGUCGAGAUCAUGCCGUCCAUCGUACACGCCGAUGUCCAUGCAUCCAGCAUUCACCCUGUAUGACCCUGACGCCCCUUACUAUCCAUCGACAUUCUCCCAGUGUCCUGUCCCAUCUCCAUACCCGGGUAUGGCCUCUUAUCUCCAUGGCCGACGCCCGAGCUCAGCGACCGUCUACCAACAUGCGAGAACUGCGUUUCGUCCCAAAAAGGAAAUCUCCGUUUUUGGGAACGGAAACCAGCGGUUGGCAGGCAUACGCGUAAAAUGGUUCGGCAGAACGCCACGGUCGGCACCAGCGCGG